AUGAGUAGCGUUGACUCUGCCGCGAGCGACGACGAGCGGCGCAAGCUCACCGGCCUCACCGGCUCGCUGCGCUACAUGGCGCCAGAGGUUGCGCUUCAGGAGCCGUACAACCACAAGGCGGAGGUCUUCUCCUUCACCUCUCUGCUCUACCACUUUCUGUCGCACCAGAAGCCGUUCAGCUGGAUGACUCCCGACACGUUCCUCGCUGAUGCGUGCCGCAACGGCAAGCGGCCGCUGCUCAGCGGCAAAUGGCCCGGCGACGUACAGGCGCUGAUGGCAGCGGGCUGGAGCAGCGAUAGCAGGGCGCGGGCCCUCUAG